AUGGAAGUGAACUACGAAAAUGCUUCCGAGAAGAAAAGUCCUUUCUUUCUCUUUUCCGUGAGGGCAACAGUACAGCCGAAUUUACGUUCCUGGAAAUCCCAUUUGCCAAGCUGUACUGUGCUAGGGCUGGAGCAAGCAAAGGAGUGGAUUAUUGUUGGGACCCUGUAUAAGCACAUGAAGCUAAAACCUUCCGUACUUGAUGAGAGUUCAAAGGAGUUGUCAGCAAUCACACUUGUACAACUGAGCAAUUUAGUGCACUCGGAUGACUAUCUAGUUCUUGAGGACGAGAGUGGAAGAUUUAAACUCAUAGGAGGCCUUCUUUUACGUUCUGUAUAUGUAACAGUGGUCGCACUACAUGGAAAAGAGAUGGUAGCUGGAGAGUUUGAGGUUGAAGAUGUCUUAGAAGCUGACCUUCCUCACCAGAUAGAUCGUCCACUUAACUCUGGCGAAGAUAAAUUUGUUGUCUUUGUAUCGAGUUUAAGUGUUGGGAGCACCUCGGCAAAUCCUCUCAAUUUUUAGCUCUUUGUAGACCAUAUAACUGGCCAUCUAGGAGAUGAAAAAGAACAAGGAAUGGCAUCUCAGAUUAUUUGAGUUGUUAUUGCUGGGAAUUCUGUUGAAUUUGUUCGUGAUGGUCAGAACUUGGAUACUAGGGAUCAGUCAAAACUGUCAGAGCCCAUAAAAGAGCUCGAUAUCUUAAUGAGUCAGAGUGCUGCAGGUGUACCGGUGGAUAUAAUGUCGGGUGAAGCUAACCCAGAAAAUUCUGCAUUGCCUCAGCAGCCAUUGCACCGAUGCCUUUUUCCUGGAUCAACAGCAUUUCACACUUUCAGAUCCUGCACCAACCCAAAUUCCUUUGAGCUCGACAAUGUAAGUCUUGAACAUUCUUCAGGUUUGAACAUUGAUGAUCUUGCAAAAUAUUCUAAUGCGACAAGUAAACUUAAGUUCCUCGAAAGGACAUUAAGAUGAAGACACAUUGCACCAACAGCCCCAAAUACUCUAGGUUGCUAUCCUUUUACUGAUUGAGAUCCAUUUUAUAUUGAGACGUGUCCUCAUGUCUACUUUGUUGGAAAUCAAGAAAAAUUUGACGCUAGUGUGAUUAAAGGAUCUGAUGGGCAAGCGGUAAAACUCAUUUGCAUUCCUAAAUUUUCUGAAACUGGAACUGUUAUGAUGUUGAACUUGAGGAAUCUUGAGUGCCAUGCGCUCACUAUUGGGUUUCAGUUCGAUUCUUAAGUGUAAGGAUUUUGGAAGUUUGCAUAUGUAUAUAGGUCCGGUAGCUCUAUAUGGAGUAUAAAAGAUUGGAGCUAAAGUGAAGCAGCUUCUUGUCAAGGUACACAGACGUCUAUUUUGUUAUAUCUCAACACCAGAUUUUAUAUUUGGUUAAAAACAUGUAACUAGAGGGUGCAACAUAACCGCAGUUUACAAUUAUUUCAAUAAAAUUGUUUAUGUACUGGUCA